CCCAGCUAAGAGGAACCACCAUUCCCCUUCUACACUAUGCUCGAGUCCGCGCCACCGGACUACCUUGCGCAACAUGACGACACAAGUGAAAAGGAUCCUCGAUCUGUCGGAGGAGCCACAACUUCGCGAAGCGAAGGUAUUCGGAUACGCCAUUGCCAAAUGGGGUGAUUAUCCCGCCCUGAUCAAUGGGAAACAAGGGCAGGUGGUGACGGGGUCUGCGUACCUCGUGCGAUCCGAAGAAGAGGCUCAGAAGUUGGCUUACUAUGAGACGAAUGCCUAUGAAGUUGCGGACUGUUGGAUUUACUUUAAAGAUGACAAGGAGCCCAAGGAGGUCGGUGGGAAGGUCUUCAUGUAUGCGGGUGAUGCGCAGGCGCUACUAGAGCAACGGUUUGACCGUAAGCUCUGGAGUCGGCAGAUGGGAGGGAAGUUGGGGUGA